AUGAUUGUUGAAAAGGCAAAGAAAUUCGGCCAAGAUUUAGGAGUUGCUGAAAGUGAAUGUAAUUAUUCUGAUGGUUGGCUCAGAAACUUUAAGUUUCGGCAUGGAAUUCGAAGACUUGAUGUAACUGGAGAAACCCUUUCAGCAAACCAAAACUCUGCAGAAAAAUACAAAGACGAGUUUGAGAAAAUCGUGGCUGAUAAUGAUUUAACACCUGAACAGAUUUACAAUGCUGAUGAAACAGGGCUAUUGUGGCGAUGUUUACCAACAUCUACACUAGCUGGGGGAGGAAAAAGCAGCCAAGGGUUUAAAAAAAACAAAGACAGAUUAACCAUUUUGCUAUGUGCUAAUGCGUCUGGAAACCACCGAGUGACCCCUUUUGUGAUAGGUAAAUCUGCAAAACCCAGGGCUUUUAAGAAUGUUACACACUUGCCUGUCCAAUACGAUGCUCAAUCAAAUGCGUGGAUAACUGCCGCCCUCUUUAAAGACUGGUUUUUUCACCACUUUGUGCCUGAGGUCAAGGAAUCCUUCAAAAGCCUUGGUCUACCAGAAGAUACUAAAGCCAUCCUUCUUUUGGACAAUUGCAAAGCCCAUCCGCCAGUAGAUGAGUUAGUUUCUGGAAAUAUUGUUGCUACUCUGCUCCCACCUAACGUAACAUCUUUGAUUCAACCCAUGGACCAAGGG